UUGCUUUCCACAAUUGUGACUCCGCGUAACUACUUUUCAAUGACUAGACUAUUUCUCCCACGCUAUUCUCUUACAUGCCAACUGCUUCAGCUCCUCUUUCAUUCUUCACUCAUCACUCAUCUUUGCAAGCGAAAACCCUCUUUACUCCAGAAAACCCUAAUCUCAGGUAAUUCUCUAUCUGAACUACUUAUAGGAUUUUAUAUUCUAAGAAUUUCAAAGACCCGAUUGAAAUUCCGUUAAAAUUCGAAGAUCUUGGAUUGAAAUUUGAUGUUAAUUUUAUAAAAUAGAUAAAAUGAAACAACUUCACAAACAAAGUAGUGGGAAUACGAAUAGGAGAGAUGAAGAAAUACCCAUGUCCCAGAAUUCGCCAUAUUCGCCAAAAACGCAAAAAUACCAUAGAUCUUUCCCUAGAUCCAUAAAUUACCUACUCAAAGAGCAAAGAUUGUUGUUUAUCUUAGUGGGUAUUUUAAUUGGUGCCACUUUUUUUAUUCUACAACCCACUUUGUCCCGCAUUGGUCCGCAAGAUUCAAAUUUCCCAAAAUCUUCAGUUUUGGGUAAGUGGGAGACAAAUGAUCUGGGUUCGUAUCCGAGGCAUCAGAGUAAUUGGGUUGGUGGGAAGGUGGGAAGAGUUCCAGCCGGGAUCGGAAGGCGGAGAAUGAGGGUUGUGGUAACUGGAGGAGCUGGAUUUGUUGGGAGUCAUUUGGUGGAUAAGUUAAUUGCAAGAGGGGAUGAUGUUAUUGUAAUUGAUAAUUUUUUCACUGGAAGGAAAGAGAAUGUGGUUCAUCAUUUCGGGAAUCCUAGGUUCGAAUUAAUUCGUCAUGAUGUUGUUGAACCAAUUCUCCUUGAAGUGGAUCAGAUUUAUCACUUGGCUUGCCCUGCGUCUCCGGUUCAUUACAAGUAUAAUCCUGUCAAGACAAUCAUAUCCAAUGUGAUGGGUACUCUUAACAUGUUGGGACUUGCUAAGAGAAUUGGUGCAAGGUUUCUUCUGACUAGCACAAGUGAGGUGUAUGGAGACCCGCUUGAGCAUCCACAGAAAGAAACAUAUUGGGGGCAUGUCAAUCCCAUUGGUGUGAGGAGUUGUUAUGACGAGGGAAAGCGAACUGCUGAAACUUUGACAAUGGAUUAUCACCGAGGUGAUGGUGUUGAGGUGCGUAUUGCACGUAUUUUCAAUACAUAUGGGCCUCGGAUGUGUUUAGAUGAUGGACGUGUUGUUAGCAAUUUCGUUGCUCAGGCUAUCCGUAAGGAAGCGAUGACAGUUUAUGGUGAUGGAAAGCAAACUCGGAGUUUUCAGUAUGUGUCUGACUUGGUUGACGGACUAAUGGCACUAAUGGAAGGUGAACAUGUUGGCCCUUUCAACCUUGGAAAUCCUGGAGAAUUCACCAUGUUGGAGCUUGCAGAGGUUGUCAAAACAACAAUUGAUCCAAGUGCAAGUAUUGUAUUUAAAUCAAAUACAGCUGAUGAUCCUCACAAAAGGAAACCUGAUAUCAGCAAAGCAAAAGAGCUCUUGAACUGGGAGCCCAAAGUGUCAUUGAGAGAUGGGCUGCCUCUUAUGGUGGCCGAUUUUCGGAAUCGGAUUCUAAAUCUGGAGGAAGGCAAUGCACACUAAACAAAAAUUUAGUAGAAACAGUGUAUAGUGUGCAAGAGUUGUUUAAUUAAUUAAGGUGCUGUCAUCCCUUAUUCACUUUAUUUUUCUAGAAAUAUGCAGCUGUUUGUCUAUCAUAUCAGCUCUUUGUGAACUCAACGAGCAUCCGCAGAAAGUAUUAUGGCAUUUUCCCACAUAAGAAUAUGUUGCACCAUCUAUGCUUGUGCUCUUUUACGAACAUUUUUGCCCUCAUAUCCAUAUAUGGUAGAAAUAAUCUUCGUAGGUA